UUUUGAAAUUAGUUAAACUUCAAAAUUCGGUAGAAUAAAAAGAAAAUCAAAAUUAAUCUAAAAAAAAGAAUAAAAAAGGUAAACUUACGUACCUUUACUUAAAUUCAAUCCCUACAUUAUAGAUAGUAUAGCAGGCUUAUCAUAUUGUUGGUUUGAAAUUAAGUUGAAUUCAAUCCAUGAAAGUUGUCCAAAUUCUAUUUAUAUGAAAGAAGGGUUAGGUGCCAAAGAAAUAUCUGAAACCCUAGCUAGCUACUCCUUAAUCCUUAUAUGCACUAUUAACCCUCCAUUGUUUGUUCUAAAAUGCUUUGUUUUCAUUUAGUUAUCAUUCAGUUAGAGUACUAAUUCACCCACAACAAUAUUUAAUUUGAAAGAUGGAUUGUACAUCUUCUUCUAGCAAUCCUCCUUACAAAACUAUGUUAACACCAAGUGAUCAGGUGAUUGAUGAAGGUGAAGGAGGUAAAAUAGUGAUAGAAAGAGAGCAUAUGUUUGAUAAAGUAGUAACACCAAGUGAUGUAGGGAAAUUAAACAGAUUAGUGAUACCAAAACAACAUGCAGAGAAGUAUUUUCCAUUAUAUUCUACAAUUAAUGAAAAGGGGUUGUUGUUAAAUUUCGAGGAUAGGACUGGAAAACAAUGGAGGUUUAGGUAUUCUUAUUGGAAUAGUAGUCAAAGUUAUGUAAUGACCAAAGGAUGGAGUCGUUUUGUAAAGGAAAAGAAGCUUGAUGCUGGUGAUAUUGUGUCGUUUCAAAGAGGUGUUGGUGAAAUUGGUAAAGAUAAGUUGUUCAUUGAUUGGAGGAAAAGAUUUGAUGGUUCUAGUUUUGUGUUGAGAUCUCAUCCACAUCUUCAACCAUUAAAUCACCCGUACCCAGCUUGGGCCCAAUCUCAUCCUUUUCAAAGGGAUGCUGGUGGUACCGGAUUUAGACAAUAUGGAUUUGGGUUUGGGACUGUGUAUCCAGCUGUAAACGGAUCCUUGAUUUUUGUUAGAUCUUCAUCAUCUCCAUCAGUGAUUUCCACUAGUUUUGGACUUGGAAAUCAUAUACAACAGCAAGAACAACAAAAUUAUGUAUCAAUAGCAUCAUCAUCAUCAGGAGAAAGAGGGUUAAUGAGUAUGCAGGUGCGGAGGGAAGAUUUUGGGAAUGAUCACAUGGUAAUGGAAUCGGUACCGGUGGUCCAAGAUAAAGCUGCAGCGAAGAGACUUAGGCUGUUUGGUGUGAAUAUGGAGUGUUCCAUCUCUAAUCAAACUCAUGAUUUUGACAUUUUGUCUUCCUCGACCUCACCCAACCUCCAUGAUGAUCAGCAUCAACAUUAAACUCAUGGUCUUUCUACAAUGGAGCCAAUAAUUCUUCAGACAAAGGCAAGUCUUCAUCCAUGUCGUUAGCUUUGGACAUCUGAAAUGUUUUCGAACACCAUUUUUUAACAUCCUAUAUAUGUUAGAAAACAUGAGUUCUUUCAAAUUAUUAUAAGUUAUCAGUAUUAAAAAAACUUAAGCUUAAUUACUAAUCCAAUUUAUAUAUAUAUUCUGAUUUGCGCUAUAAAGAAAAUUUAAUGACAAAUGGUAUGGUAAUGGUAUGUGAACAUAAAAUGUAAUGAAAAGGGAAAUGAUAAAGAGGAUUAAGGGUAAGGAUAUAUGGGUUGUAGUUAUAUGUUGUUUGGUAUAAAAACAUAAGAAAAACACUACCUUAAUCAUAGAAAGACAAUUUUUUGAUAAUAAAAUAAGGGUGUCCCGGAACUACCCUCAAGAAGGGAUUGGCAUAACCUAAUUAAUAUUAUAGGAAAUAAAAAAUAUGUUGUAAUAGUAAAUAAAUUUCUUACUUGGCAUUAAAAAGUUCACACCAAAUACCCCAGCCCUAAGCUACAUUACUCAUAGAAGUAUAGCAUCCGUUAUAUUUCUGAUCAUCAUCAUUUGAUCAUGCUAAUGCACAUACACCCAAUUCAUCAACUUUUACAGCUAGUAAUUAACUUCAUCAGUAACCAUUCUUUUUUUAGCUCUUUUUUCCUCUCUCUUUCUUUUUUUGCUUCUUCCGAUCUGCUAGCUGCUGUGACCUGUUAUUAAAAUCUUAACGACUUCUCUGACUAGAAAACUUCAAAAGGUAGAGUAAAGGGAGGUAUUAUAUAUAUGUCUCAUGAUCACAAAGAUAGUUAAACAGAUCACAAAGAUAGUUAAACAGAUGGUUAAAGACCUAAAUGAUGUAGUGUUGUUAUACCUCCAAUCAUUUCACCCCACUAAUAGGAGUUUCUGUAUUAUCUAAUGAGUUUAUAAUUUAAUAAUCAUAAACUUUUCUGCUCUAUAUAUAACGACAGAAAGAAUUAUCUACUGCACUUAAUAUUGUAGAAUGAAGAGAAAUAAGCACAAUUGAGAGAGUAUAUUCAUUCUUCUUGUCAUAUUACAGUCUUUCAUUACAUGCUUAUUUAUAGGACAACUAUAAGCAAAAGACAAAAGAAAUUACAGCUAUUUAUCUAUAGUUGUCAUACAAGGCGCAGGUCCCACUACAAUUCUGUUAUUUUAAGAAAAUAUUCUUUUUGCGCAGAGAACCAAAAAAGGCAACAGCAAACAGCACUACCAACACACAACCUAACUAAUAUAUCAAUAAGUAUAUUUUUUUUCAGCCCUUUGAGUUUGCCCCAAAUAAUAGUAGUUGAUUGAGACAGAUUUGACAAAAUUUAGGGCGCUGUGAGACUAAAAAACAUCAGUUGGUAUUUUUUUUUUGUAUAACUACGUACUAUGACAAUUUACAAGCUUUUAUAGGCUGUGUUUUGGUCUUGGCGCUGUUCCUUGGACAGUUCUCACUACUGCCACACCCAUUAUAUAUUUAAAAGGAAUUAACAGCUUUCUCUGUUAAUAUACACUACAAAAGAAUAAUAAAAUGGCAACUACACAUUUCAUCGCCAUUUGAUGGCUAAACGGUCAAAAAGUGGGACGGGCGACGAGCCUUAAGGUGGUCCCUUUUUUGUUGCUCACUAAAAUAAAAGUGGACGCCAUUUCCUCGCCAUUUUUCAGAACACAAGGGUGACCACGCACCUAGAGACGAACAUGCCAUCACCAAACACAAUCUGAAUGGGCGACCAACAGCCCGUCGCCAGCCUGUACGCUUUUUUUC